AUGGCGUGUUCGGCGAGGCGCUGCCUCUCUCUGCUCGCGCUUUGGUGCACCGCCGGGUCGUUAGCCACGGCGGUACCGGCGCGGCUCGGCGUGGUGCUGGACCUGACUAGCGACGUGGGGAGGAAGAGCCUCGCCUGCAUCUCCGUGGCCCUGGAUGACUUCUACCUGAAACGUCCGGGCUGCAGCCAGCGGGUGGAGCUAUGCGUGAGGGACUCGGGCGGACAGGCCGUCAAGGCGGCGCAAGCUGCCGAUGAUCUUAUCAAUAAUGCCCGAGUGCAGGCCAUCAUUUGGGUUCCUCAAACAUCGACAGAAAUAGAUUUCCUCUCCUACCUGGGCCGCCGCCACCGCAUUCCGGUUCUCUCUUUCUCCGGCAUUUCCCCAACAUCCUGCACCUUCUGGCUAGAAGAUCCUGCAACAGCUUCCAGGGGUCACAGCAAGAUCGGCUUUACACUUGACAAUGACACUAUAACAUUUCUUACUCCAAAAACUGGUAGACGAAAUGACAGGAAAUUACAGACAGGAAAAGCAAGGAUGAACUGCAGAAGCCAUAAUAAGACGUUGCUCAGGAUUGCGGUGCCGCAGAAAGAAGGUUUUGAAGAUUUUGUGCAUGUUGCCGAUCCGAAUACCAGUUACCAAAAGGUCACUGGCUACAGCAUUGAUAUCUUCGAAGCCGCUAUGAAGCAGCUACGUCGUCCACCACGCUAUGAGUUUUAUGUCUUCCAUGGUUCCUACGAUGCGCUAGUAGGCAACGUGUCUUCAGGGGUGUAUGAUGCAGCAGUUGGUGAUGUUAGCAUAACUCCUGAUCGAGCUGCUGACACAGAUUUUACAAUGCCAUACACACAAUCUGGAGUGUUUAUGCUUGUGCUCGCUGAGGACGAGCCAGAAACAGUUGAGUGGAAAUUUGUGAAGCCACUGAGUUCGGCACUUUGGUUUACAACUGUGGGCUUCUUCUUCUAUACUGGCUUUGUUGUGUGGAUGAUUGAGCGCUCCAGAAAUCAAGAGUACCAGGGAUCAAAUUUGAGACAGUUCAGCACCGCUUCUUACUUCGCUUUCUCUACUUUGACAUUUUCACAUGCUCAGACUAUUAGAAGCCCCUUGUCAAAAAUUGUUGUGGUGGUAUGGUGCUUUGUGGUUCUGAUUGUAGUGCAGAGUUACACAGCAAGCUUGUCAGCCAUACUAACCGCAAAGAGCCGCCGGCCUUCAGUGACAGAUCUGAACCAGCUCCAGCUCAGGAAUGGCUCUGUUGGACACCAAGAGGGGUCAUUUCUGCGGUCCAUCUUGAUAAAAAAUUAUUAUUUCGACAAAGAUAGGCUACAGAGCUACAUAAAGAAAGAGGACUAUGCUGAUGCUUUGAGAAAUGGAUCGGUAUCAGCUAUCGUUGAUGAGCUUCCCUUCUUGACAUCAUUCCUCUCUGAUCCUCGGAAUAAGGAAGACUUUAGGAUGGUUAAUCUCAUGUACAUGACUCCUGGAUUUGGUUUUGCAUUCUGUCUAGGUUCGCCGCUCGUGCAUGAUCUUUCUACUGCCAUCUUGAACAUAACUGGAGGCGACGAGGGAUUGAGGAUUCAACGAAAAUGGUUAGGCGCAGAUCCACAGUCGUCAUCGGUGGGUGAUGGCAGCUCCGACCCUGAUUCCACGCAAAUCAGUUUGCCAAGCGUCGCUGGUGCGUUCGUCAUCACCGGAGUUAUUUCGACUCUCAUGCUGCUGGUAAGCAUUGGGAGGCUGGUUCAUGCCAGCCGUACCAGUGGGAGAGUAGCUGAUGUGGAAAGUUUCAAUGGUGGUGGUGGUGACAACGUCGGCCAAGAUUCUCUUCAAUUGGAGAAUGGCAACAUAGGCCACGAUUCUGCUGCCUCGGAUCAACCCCUCUGUGAAACCGCGAACAGCGAGUCCCAUUGGCGCUUUGAGAAUGCUGGUGGCCAAGAGGCUUGUCCAAUGCAGCAGAAUGGCAUGCACAGCGGCUCUGCGGCUGCAGAAUCCAUCCAGAUUGAGAUGAGAACUGUCUGA